AAGGAAACCCAGAGCCUGCACUCGAUACGACUGCGUCCGACCCGGUGACACCAGUGUUUAAUUGAUCUAAUCAAGGCCUACAGUGGUGCAAUAUAUUUGAUUAACUGAGUGUAUCAACUGGUUGUAGUAUGGAUGACUCUUUCCGGUAUCCCGUUUACUUCGAGUGUCCCAAUCUGGACGGAGAACGGAGAAAAAGGGUAGAACUUUACUUUCGGAAUCGUCGCAAAUCACGAGGUGGAGAAUGCGGUUCGAUAACAAACCAAGAGAAUGAAGUGUACCGCAUUGCGUUUAGAGACAGAGGAGAUCAGCAAAACAUCCUGCAGAAGUCUAAACAUGAAGUAGAGUUUGCCGGUGAUCGUCUGGUGCUGAUUGUGCGAGAAAGCCCCAAGUUAGAUAGCCCAAAAGUGGACUCAACUUCAUCACAGGAGCCGCCCAUUCUUACUUCAAGCCUGCUAACACUUGAAGAAUAUGAAAUACGACCUGACGCUUACCUUUUACAGUUCCUGAACGAAUGCCCAAAGGCUCUGAAAGGACUGGAGAUAGAACUAGUCUCUUUGGCAUGCUCUGCUCAGCUGUACCCAGAGGAAGGGAGGGUUUUAGUUAGCUGUUCAGCUCAACCUGGUGCUGUAGAUUAUGUCAAAAAUUGGAAAGCAGAGGUUGACAAACUCUUUGGUGGCUACCUGUGCCACUGUGAGGUGGACUCUCACAAAGUUUUAGCUCUGCUUGAGUCCAGGAACUCUCUUCAGACCACCGGUGACGUUAAGGUGUACAGCGAGAAUGGGAUGGCUGUUGUUGUUGGGCAGCGUUCUCAGGUGAACGCCACGUUGAUGGAUGUAGGUGCCUCGCUUGGUAAACAAGGGCCACGGUUACUUGAGAGGCAAACCAGCAUUUGUCGACUGGGCGAGGCUAAGCUCCGCCUCAUCUGGAAAGAGAUUGAGCAAACUUUGCCAAAAGACUUUCCAGAAGUGAAGGUCACACGGGGAGUUCAAGGUCAGUUACAUUUGGAAGGAUCUGUCGAGGACAUUCUUAAGGCUAAAGAUUGGAUUUCUGAUCAGGAGAAGUUGGUGUUUGAAAGGACAGUUUCUGACAUGAGGCCACAUUUGUUGGCCUUCUUGAGAAAUAUAUACGGAGGUCCAGGGGUGCUUGGACAAUUAGGGGUUAGUGACAAUGUGGAAAUAGACUUACGUGAAACCGAGCUGCGUUUCUUCAGCCUCUCUGCUGAUAAAUUGAAUGACACAGUAACAAAACUGCAGGAAAAAUUCAAGGAAGUCAAGAUUGAUGUUCCUUACUGCUCCGCUGUGUCAUCUGAGUUAAAGGAAAAACUUAAAUCCGAGACAAAAGAGAUGAACCAAGGGCAAUACAGGGCUCAGGUCGUCUAUGGCCCUGACAGCAGUGUGUGGUUACUUGGCCACACCAAAGAGGUUGAAGAGCUAAAUGAAGUAGUCAUACAGUUUAUUUUGGAUCAUGCAAGCAUAGAGGGCAAAGUCAAUCUCCCUGACCCAGAGUUAGUACCUGUUUUACCAGAAUUGCUGCGUCUGCAUGGUUUUGAUCAUUCAGGGGUAACCUUCUGUCCUUUAAUAUCAUCCUCUGGACCCACAAUGGUGCUGGAAGGUCCAUCUGGCAAAGUGACUGAGGUCAGGAACAGGCUGAGGCCAUUUCUGGACUCCAUCGUUAAGGGCAGAGUUACCAUUGAAUUGCCAGGAGCAGUGAGGUAUAUUGAAAGCAGCUCUGGAAGAGACAACAUUUUAACAUAUGCUCGUUCUCAGAAGUGUCUCGUACAGCUUCAAGAACAAUCUUACGCUACUCGACAGACUUUUGCAUCUGAUGCAAGAUCAGGUAAAGUAAACACAACAGUUGCUAGCUACAGCCUUCGUGACGGGCUCCAGGUCAUUGUCUGUCAGGGUGACAUCACCAAACAGGAAGCUGAUGCCCUGGUGAAUGCUGCCAACGAAGAUCUAGACCAUGGUGGAGGGGUCGCUGCAGCGCUGUCUAAAGCAGGUGGCCCUCAGGUGCAGAAGGAAAGCAGAGCUAUAGUAAAUCAGACUGGAAAAAUCCCCACUGGGGAAGUGGUAGUGACCACAGGGGGGAACCUGAACUGCAAGAAACUGCUUCAUGCUGUUGGGCCUGUAGGUGGAAAAUCAGGUGGUAAAGAAAAGAUGUUAUUGGAGAAAACUGUCCAGUCUGCUCUGAACUUAGCAGAGAUUAUGGAGUUCAGGUCUAUAGCUAUGCCUUGUAUCAGCUCAGGUGUGUUUGGUGUACCUGUCACUGUGUGUUCUGAGGCUAUUGUAACUGCUGUAAAGGAGUUUUGCAGCCAGGGAGGGAGAAGUCUUAAAAGAAUCAUCCUGAUUGAUAACAGAGGAGAGGUGGUGAGGUCCAUGCAGGAUGCAUGUGAUCGCCUUCUCCAAGGGACAGGUACCGGAAACAGGGCACCAAGUGAUCUGGGGUUUCAGAUGGAAGCUGCUGCCCAAGACGCAGCAAGAGGAGCCACUGCUGGAGCUCCUGGAGGGGGUGUCCAUCUACAGAUCAUUCAGGGAACCAUCGAGACCCAGCAGGUGGACUGCUUUGUGUCCCCCAUGUUUGGCCAUGAUCCUCAUUCUACCCGUGUUGGAAGUAUUUUGUCCAAAAUGGUAGGACCUCAGCUGACUGCAAAGUUUCAUCAGGAAGCAAGAGGAGCAACGAUUCCUGGUGACAUAAUCCUGGUUGAGGGCUUACCUGCAGUGUUAUUCAUCAACCUCACUCCCUGGGAUAAUAACCAACACGGAACUGCAGUCCAGGUCUUGAGAAAGGGCAUCAGAAAAAUGCUGGCUUCCUGUCAGAUGCGUGGCUUUAGUUCAGUGGCUCUCCCUGUGCUGGGGGUCGGUGCUGCUCUACGUUUUCCUCAGAGUGUGGCAGCCAGGGUAAUGAUGGAGGAGGUCCGUCAAUUUGAACAUAACCGAGUCAUUGGAACAUCUUUCUUAGUCUGUAUUGUCGUGCAAUCCACCCAUUCUAGCAAGGCCUUCCAGUCUUGCCAGGACACCAUGCAUCUCAAAGGGUUCACAAACGAUGCUGACCCAGACCAAGCUUCCUUUUAUCGCCAUAUCUCCGCAAAUAACGAUGAAGUCACGGCCAUGCUGGGCGGAGUCAAGCUUCAGAUGGUCGUUGGUGACAUCACUAAGGAGAGCACCGAGGUCAUAAUCAACACAACUGACUUCUCCAACAACCAAGCUGGUGUGUCCAAAGCCAUUCUGACUGCAGCGGGGCCCAGUGUCCAAACACAAUUGGCACAAGCCGGAAUUCCUACAGACUUCAUGUGUACUACAGGACCCGGGUUGCUUGCCUGCAAGGAAAUCAUACAUGCCAGUUUUAGGCGUGAACAUGAAGUGUUUCGUAAGAAUUGCACAAAGAUACUGAAGCAGUGUGAAAGCAAAGGCUACAGCUCCGUGUCCUUCCCUGCUGUAAACACUGGUGCAGCUAAAAUGGACCUGAGCAAAGCAUGUAAAGCCUUGCUGGAUGGCAUGACCUCAGCUAUUAUGGACUUGAAACCAAAUUGCCUUAACCUUAUCCGCAUUGUCAUCUUCAAGCAAUCGGUCUUUCAGGCUUUCAGAUCAGAGCUGGAGAACCGCUUUGGACAAACAGCCACUCGCCACCUAGGCCUGAGAGAAAAAGCUAGACAAAUGCUGAAGAAGUGGCAAGAGACAAGAACAAAAACUACUGUAACACCUAAAGGGAAAAUCUUUGCCUCCUCAAAGCCACCUCCAGCUGUGAUCAGUGUGAUUGGCUGUGGUCCGGACAUCAUCAGGACCAUGAAGAGAAAUCUGGAGGGGAUCUUUCAGAACCAGCUGCUAGAGAAAGACGUGGAUGUGGAGGAUUUCUCCAGGCUUGAUGACAUGGAGAGGGAGGCAGUGCACGCAAAAGUCAAAGUCUUAGGAGUAAGCCUCCAAUACAGGAAACGUCCAAGUUUUGAGGGUGGGAAUGGGAACGGAGCAGACAACGCUGCCAGAGGUGAAGCUAGAGAUCGCUCAGGGUCAGGAACAGAGGUCUAUGUGCUGAAAGGCCUGAAAGAGGACGUGUUGACCAUCAUCGAUCUUAUAAACAAAGCAAUCAAAAAAGCACUCAACGAAGACAUCCAAGAUAAAAAAGAAGCAAUGCUAGCUCUUGAAGUCCAGUGGUCAAUUCAUGAUGUAAAUAAAGUCUGGCGCGAGCUGAGCCUGCAGGACAACUACAUUCUGGAGAAGGCUCACGAGAAGAAUCAAGUUUUCGCGGACAUCACGUCACCAGACGGACUAAAGGUGUCCGUGAACCUGAAGGAAAAUAAAGCCACUAACAGGCUCACAGGCAUCACCUACGAAGUGAAAAGGAACGACUCCGACACAACCUUAGUGUUGCCGGCACAUUGGGAACCUAUGCAUAAUGCACACUUUAAAAAGGUGGAGUUGCAACGUAACUCUUCAGAGUACGACAAAAUAGCCAAGGGUUUCCUCCAAACGGCAAAAUACAACAUUCACAAAAUUGAACGAGUGCAAAACAUCUACCUGUGGUAUGGCUAUACUGUGUUCAAGCAACGUUUGUUAGCCAAGAAUGACAAAGACGGGGAUGGGGAAAAAUAUCUCUACCAUGGCACAUCAGCAGACUCGUGCAAUUGCAUUGAAACGGGCAAAUUUGACAGGAACUACGCAGGAAAACAUGCUGCUGCAUAUGGAAAGGGAGUGUACUUUGCAGUCAACGCGGCGUAUUCGGCCAAUAGCUUUUCCCCGGCAGACGCGACAGGCAUGAAGAGGCUGUACGUGGCUAAAGUCCUGACCGGUCGCUAUACCGUCGGCGAUUGUCGUUGGAAAGCCCCCCCUCCUCGAGGCUCAGACAAAACGGACUGCUUCGACAGUUGUGUGGAUAACCUGCAGAAUCCCUCCAUGUUCGUGAUCUUCCACGAUGACCAGGCCUACCCAGAAUACCUUAUCACCUUCAAAUGAGUACACCUGAAACCAAUGGUCUGCGACACUUUGGAAUGUGCCAUAAAUACUCGUGCGUUUUCCCUGAGAUGAUUUUGAAUGGAGUUGUAUCUCAGAAGCACUUUAACAUACCCCUAACACAAUCAGAUGUUGUGACACACGCCUUGUAACACAUCCCCAUGUGUAUUCAACAGCCUUGUAUUGAAGGCUUUAACACUUGAUAUUAUACUUUAAUUUUGGAGAUCCUUUGUUUCUGGCUUUCAAAUUGUGCGAUAUAAAAAACAAGAAAUGAUUCUUAAUAUCUUCCAAAGAUGAACACUGUAUGUGCCAUAUAGUAAAAUGUUACUUUUUGGAUAUGCAACAACAUCAAUUAUGCAAAGAUUAUUCUUUUAAAGGUUAUUUUACUUUCAUUUAUUUCAUUCAAACGUUUAAUGUCAGAAGUAUUUCUUAUGGUAUUUUUACCUUUCAGUUGCCUUUAAACACUAUGUAUUUAGUUAGGGUAGCGAGUUCCAUACUAACCAUAUUAUGUUUGCUGCAUAUCAGACACAUUUGAAAUAAUAUGUUCAAGAGUAGAAGAAUGCUCUAUUGCCUUUUCUUAACAUAAAACAAGCAGCCAGCCAAGGAAGUAGAGGUAGCUGUUUAGAACGGUCACACGCACCCUAAAUACAUUUAGCUAUCAUUACAUUUUAUCUGAAGAGUUCAUAUUUUCUUUGACUGCACAAUGAAGUUUCUAAGUUGGCAUUAUAACAUUUCCUUUUUUUCAUUUCCUUGAAGUGAAUACAUGAGCAAGAUGAAGGAGACUCUGUGUUUUAAUUAACAGUGUACCUAAAAGUGCAUUUAUUUUCAAUGUUUUUCCAAUAUAUGAACUUGUAUUGUGCAUUUCAGAGGCAGUGCACCGUCGUCAACAAUAAAAAUUAAAACAAGUAUA